GCGGCAGAGCGCGGCGCCCGAGGAUCCCAGGAGCCAGGUUCUCCGGUGGCCGGAGCCUUAGGACAAAAUGGCGUUCACACGGGCAGCCGAGGCUUGGCCCGGCCCAGUCGUGAUCUCUGAGGCGGGACGGGACAAAGGCGGCGUGCAGGGAGGCCGGGGCGGGGCGCGGUGCUGCGGCGUGGCCGCCUCGUGGGCCAGGCUCCGUAGCUUCCGCUCGUGCUGCAGUCGUGCGAGUCCUGAAGAUACUUUCAACGUAUCUUCCGGGCCGGAUGGGAGAAGUUAAGGGGAGGAAGAGUCACAAAAAUGCCUGUGAAGACUUAGGGGAGGGCGGUGAGGAGUUACGGAGCGUAUCCUGCGGGGCCCAUUUCUUCCGGUCCUGUAGAAACUAUCUGCGAUCUCUCUGGAUAUUGUAGAGCAGGAAUUUCCUGGAAGGGUGGGGGCUUUUUGAUCUUUCGUUUGAUUCUGCAGGUUUGGUAUGAACAGGAUUCGGAUUCACGUCUUGCCAACCAAUCGGGGGAGGAUCACCCCAGUGUCCAGAUCUCAGGAGCCCCUGUCGUGUUCCUUUACUCAUCGCCCAUGCUCUCAACCUCGUCUGGAGGGGCAGGAGUUUUGCAUUAAGCAUAUCCUUGAAGACAAGAAUGCACCCUUCAAGCAGUGUAGUUAUAUAUCGACGAAGAAUGGAAAAAGAUGUCCCAGUGCUGCCCCAAAGCCAGAGAAGAAAGAUGGGGUGUCCUUCUGUGCUGAACAUGCCCGUAGGAAUGCCCUGGCACUUCAUGCUCAAAUGAAGAAGACGAACCCAGGGCCUGUGGGUGAAACACUCUUGUGCCAGCUGAGCUCAUAUGCUAAGACAGAGCUGGGGUCUCAGACUCCAGAAAGUAGCCGCAGUGAAGCCAGCCGAAUACUGGAUGAAGACAGCUGGAGUGAUGGGGAGCAGGAACCCAUUACUGUGGAUCAGACAUGGAGAGGUGACCCUGACAGUGAAGCUGAUAGCAUAGACAGUGAUCAAGAAGAUCCCCUAAAACAUGCUGGUAUCUACACAGCAGAAGAAGUGGCUCUGAUUAUGCGUGAGAAGCUAAUUCGUUUGCAGUCUUUGUACAUUGAUCAGUUUAAACGACUGCAGCAUCUGCUCAAGGAGAAGAAGCGCCGGUACUUACAUAAUCGCAAAGUGGAACAUGAAGCUCUAGGUAGUAGUCUACUGACUGGCCCAGAGGGACUUUUGGCCAAAGAACGAGAAAACUUGAAGCGAUUAAAGUGUCUCCGGCGAUACCGCCAGCGCUAUGGAGUGGAAGCCUUACUACACAGGCAGUUGAAGGAACGCAGAAUACUGGCCACAGACGGUGCCGCCCAACAGGCCCAUACCACUCGUUCCAGUCAGAGGUGCUUGGCCUUUGUGGAUGAUGUUCGUUGUUCCAAUCAGUCUCUUCCAAUGACCAGACACUGCCUUACCCAUAUUUGUCAGGAUACAAAUCAGGUUCUCUUCAAAUGCUGCCAGGGAUCUGAAGAGGUACCCUGCAACAAACCAGUUCCUGUAAGCCUCUCUGAGGAUCCCUGCUGCCCACUGCAUUUCCAGUUGCCUCCUCAGAUGUAUAAGCCCGAGCAGGUACUGUCAGUGCCAGACGAUCUGGAAGCCGGCCCCAUGGAUCUGUACUUGAGUGCUGCUGAGCUUCAGCCCACUGAGAGUUUACCUCUGGAGUUCAGUGAUGACUUGGAUGUUGUGGGUGACGGGAUGCAGUGCCCUCCUUCGCCCUUGCUUUUUGAUCCUUCAUUAACCCUUGAAGAUCAUUCAGUGAAAGAAAUUGCUGAAAGCCCUGUGGAUAUCUUGGGCCAGAUGCAGAUGGCUGGAGAUGGGUGCAGAUCCCAGGGAUCUCGAAAUUCUGAGAAAGCCUCUGCACCAUUGCCUCAAAGUGGAUUGGCUACUGCAAAUGGGAAGCCAGAACCCCCUUCUAUCAGUUGAUAGUGUGUUUUGGGAACCAUUUGACUUUGGUGGAUUUAAAUUUCUCAUUCUUCAAACAAGUGUUUCUCUGAUCAUCUCUCACUGAAGAGGGGCAACGCAGACCACCUUGUUUUUCUUCUGGAUUGAGUGCUCUAGUUAAACAUAAAACUAAAUUUUGAGAGAAUGGACCAAUAGUUUUCAAAAGUCAUGGGUUUCUUCCCACUCUGAGCAAGAAAGAGAGAGUGAUAAUUUUUGUCAAAGCUUCUGGGAUUGAGUAUUUGGGACUAUGCCUAAGGGGAAAGAGACAUCUUUGUAAUGGGAUUUCCUAAGUCAUGGAUAGGAAUCCACAGGUGGCCAGGUGGGAGCUGUCUCUGAGUAGUGUGCCCUUGAGAUAUUGAUGGCCCUAAUGUCUGGUUAUCU